AUGCCUGUCGACAAGGAACCACCAGGAGCCAUGAGCGCCUUUGAGCGCAAGCGGCUGGAGAAUAUCGCGGCAAACCGCGCCAUCCUGACCGACAUAUCCGCCGCUGCCAAGAAGAUCAUACCCGGAAAGCCUGCGCAGACACCCGCCGCGAGGCGCAGCCGGCGCUCGGAGCCCGCCAAACGAGAGCCGGCGCGACCGACCCGGAUGAGCUCGCGGCUCGCGGGCCUGGAGGCCGACAACGAGACGCUCAAGAGGAAGCUCGAGGUGGAGGCCGAGCACCAGGCCGAGGCGGCCAAGGCCAGGAAACUCCGCGUGGCCGACGACCUGAACCUCGGCGACGUCGCCGUCGAGGGCAAGAAAUGGGCGGCUGGGCUGCAGGGCCUGACGAGCAUUGUGCGCGGCGCGCAGCCGGGCGUCCGGACCUUUACCCAGGACGACGUCAAGGAAUCGACAGACAGGAGCCUGAAAGAACUGAGGCGGCGGAUGGCGGGCCUCGAGUUGUACCAGCGCUGGCUGCCAAACGACAUCAAAAUCACGCCCCAGAGAAUAUACGCCCUCGGAUUCCACCCCACCGAAGACAAGCCGGUUGUUUUCGCCGGCGACAAAGAAGGCGCAAUGGGCGUCUUUGACGCCUCUCAAGCGCCACCAGAGCUCCUCGACGACGACGACGACGACGGCGGCGGCGGAAACGCGCCCCGGGACCCGGAAGUCUCUGCCUUCAAGACGCACUCGCGCACCAUUACCUCUUUUGUCUUCCCCCCCGCCGAGCCCAACGCCGUGUACACGUCAUCAUACGACAGCUCGGUGCGGAAAAUGGACCUCGCCAAAGGCACAUCCGUCCAGGUCUUUGCCCCGUCCGACAUUGACACCGACAUGCCCAUCUCGGCCAUGGACAUGGCGCCCUCGGACCCGAACCUGCUGUACUUUUCAACGCUCGACGGCGGCGUGGGCCGCUACGAUGUCCGCGCCCCCGGAAGCCAAGAGAUAUGGACCCUGUCCGAACAAAAGAUUGGGGGCUUCUCGCUGCACCCGCUGCAGCCGCACCUCCUGGCCACCGCCUCCCUAGACCGAUCCAUGAAGAUCUGGGACCUGAGGAAAAUCAGCGGCAAGGGCGACCUGCGACACCCGGCGCUGCUGGGCGAACACGAGUCGCGCUUAAGCGUCUCGCACGCCUCGUGGAGCCCAGCAGGCCACGUUGCCACCUCGUCGUACGACGACACUGUCAAGAUCUACGACUUUACGGAUUCUGCGUCGUGGAAGCCGGGGCACGAUCUGUCCGCCCAGGCCAUGGAGCCCAAGCACCAGAUUCGUCACAACAACCAGACCGGCCGAUGGGUCACCAUCCUCAAGCCGCAGUGGCAGAAGCAGCCGAAUGACGGGAUUCAAAAGUUUGUCAUUGCCAAUAUGAAUCGGUUCGUGGACGUGUUUGCCUCUGAUGGAGGCCAGUUGGCGCAGUUGGGUGGGGAUGGCAUCACCGCGGUGCCGGCCGUGGCGCAUUUUCACCCUACGAUGGACUGGGUGGCGGGGGGGAGCGGAAGUGGAAAGCUGUGCCUGUGGCAGUGA